CUCAACAUGAUGCACGGUUUGGGUUCCCACAGUAAUAAAUCAGGUGUUGUGGAUGAACGGCUCCGGCGGAGUCGCUGGUAUGAAAACACUGCGGUUGUUUUGGCUACACCAGUUGCAGCUCUCCUAAUUGAGAGGACUCAGAGCGCCUUUGGAAAGACCGAGAGGGGCUGCAGGGCGUCGCACCGUUUAGGAGACGGACGGGUCGGCGCCAUUGGCCAGCGCUUCAGUUCUAGUUGCACAUCACUGAUGCGUCAGUGGGCGCUGCGUGGCGGAUUUAUGACGGCCCAUGUGGUUCACGGGGAGUUUGAACAGAAAGGCUUUUUGCUCGCCGUUCUUUGCAUGGAGCCUCGUAUAUCCGGAGGAUGUGACGGUUUCAUCCUAUCGAGGUUCAUCAGGUUCACGACCAGCCGACAUGGAGCCGACAUCCUCGAACACAAUGCAUCGCUUCACUUUACAGCCUCUUAAACGGCAAUAUUUCCUUUUAAAUGUGCCCUUAAGUGAAGAAGAGAAGUUUGUUUCCACUGUGUGACUCAUUUUGUACAUACAUAUAUAUGCCACUGAGAACCCAUUCGUAACCAUGGAGAAAACUCGUGUGAAAAAGGCCAGAGAUCCAAAAUGGGAGGCAAGCUCAGCAAAAAGAAGAAGGGCUACAACGUGAACGACGACAAGGCCAAAGACAAGGAUGCCACGGCGGAGGGCGCCUCGGCGGAGGAGAGCGAAGCGCCGAAGGACGGCAAAGACGAGGCCCCGGCCGCCGGCGACGCCAAGGAGGUAGCGAACGACACGGCGGCCAAGGAGGCGCCGGCGGACGCUGCGGCGCCCAAGGAGGAGGAGGAGAAGAACGCCGACAAGGAGCCCGAGAAACCCGCCGCCGCCAACGCCGAGCCGAAAACGGAGGCGCCCAAGAGCGCCGAGCCCGCCAAGGCCGAGGAGAAACCGGCGGCCCCCGCCCCGGCUAAAGAAUCGGCCCCCGCCACCGCCAAGGAGCCCGAGGCGAAGGCCGCGGCUCCCGCCCCGGUGGCCGAGAGUAAAGAUGAGGCCGACGCCAAAAAGACUGAGGCCCCCGCGGCACCAGCAGCCAAAGCCGAGGCCCCCGCCGCCGCCGACCCCAAGCCCACAGAGGCGGCGGCGGUGGUGGCGGCGCCGACUCCCGCGCCGGCAAAGGAGGUCGCAGCCGCCGCCUCUAGUUCAACACCAGCCGCCGAGCCUCCGGCCAAGGAGGCGAACGCCACCGAGGCACCGAGCAAGGAUCAAACCGUAGCAGUUCAAGAUUAAUGGACAGCUUCUUUUCGGGAAAAAUUAAGAAGAAAAAAAUGAAGUACCUGACUCGACGACGGUGAAGAUUUAAAAAAAAAAAAAAAAGAUACAAAAAAAUGAAAUUAACUAGCCCACCCAUAUUAUGAUGGUAAUAAUAAUUGUAAUGAUAAUGAAUUGUUGAUUGAGGAGGACUGGAGCAAACCACCUGGAGAAGUUUCCCACCACUGCAGAUGAUUAUUGCUAUUAUUAUUAUUGUUAUGUUUUACUCUAUUAUUUUUCUGCUGUAGUAUUUGAACUUUUAACACGAGUCUGUGUCGGCCAUCUCCGCCUCGCCUCGCCAUCCCACAUCCAUCGUCCAGACGCUUUGGCCCGACUCCCGUCCCGGCUCGGUGGCGUUCAGGCGUUCACCGGCAGCUCUGUGGAUUUCAGAAUAUCAACAUUUGGGGUAAAAAACGGGACUUGAAGGUUCUUCUCCUGGUUCCUUUUUUAACCCCAAAGAGGAGUUUAAAUCUCUUAAAUCUCUUGUGAGGAGUUUAAACGUAGUUUAACGUCUCUCGUGAGGACUGAGGACCUCCGGCUUCCUGAAGACAUGUCGCCCAAAGCAGAACUCUGCAGAGCGAAACACAUUCUUAGGCGUAUAAAAACAGUCGUAGGAAUUUUUUCAGAUAAGCUUCUAGAUUUUGUACUGAACCCUUAGCUAUAUUGUAAGUGAACUAAGAGGGUUUUUUAACAUUUGUAAAACACUUGUAAAAUCUGCAGAGCCUCGCUGGACCGAUCCCCCUCGGUGUUCUCAGAAAGUCUGAGAGACGUCUCAGAUCCUCCAAACUAAUCCCAUGAGAUGUUUGAGAAGACGUGACCUCCACGUCCUACAGUUAGUCUGAGCUUCGCUCAGGAGGCCACGCCGGGGACGCUUAAAACUGCAUCUUCAGGAGACGUUCGGGAGUUAGAGCUCUCUUCUGUGAUCCUCUUCUGUUUCUGGACUGGAGGAAGGACUCAAGUACUUCACUUCCUCCAGUAAAAGUACUUAAAUGUGCAGUAAGUAAAAAGUCCUACAUUCUGCUUAAGUCCAGCAAAAUAUACUGAAAGGCAUAUGGAUGUAGACGAAGUUUGGCUUUCGGAGACAAUAUUCUAAUUAAAGCCAGUGGAUCCUUUUUAAAUGUUCAUAUUAAUAAAGCAGUGACACCAGUGCACAGACCAGUUUGAAACCAGACGAGCGGCUCUUGAGUCCGGAUCCCGUCGAGGUGAAACCACCAGAGCCGCCUGCAGCCCACUCCGUCUACCGGUCCGUGUUCGCCACGCCGUCGUUAUGGGAUGGAAAAG